GUCUGUCCUUUAUUGUUGGCCAUUUCUUCUGCAAGUUAUGGCUGCUUAGACUAUGACUGGUAUAGCUUUGUUCUCUGCAUCCCGCACAUUUUUUUUUUUUGGCUUCAUGACAUCAUUGUGUUUUGCAGUCUUAUCGAUAAGAAACCACGUGACCAUAUACUGGUUGACAUUGAAGAUGAAUAGUAUCAUCAGCAUGUCUUAUCCCCAAUCACUGCGUUCACUGUGGCUGGUCUCAUCUGCUUAGACUUACUGCAACAAUAUUCAAAACCAACAAUGGCAGUGAUGGUCGCGUCUCAACCAUGGCUACGUCUAGUCUGACGUCACAGGCUGAUCGAUGAUGUCGAAGGCUCCAGACACUCGCCCUCGCCUCCUUAUAUAAGAUGAAGACAUAAGACGGUGGGGAAUGGAUACUACCUUAACAGCA